AUGUCGCGAACAGGUUAAUUUGUCAUAGGUGCUGUUAUUAGUUUCCUCGCAAAUACGGAGCAGGUGUAACUCAGCCAAAGAACCAAAAUAACACAGACACGGAGGAUAUUACAGAACGUACUAACGGAAGAUUGUUUGACCUCUAUACUCGGUUAGUUCUCAUCAAGAAGGAAGGAAACUAGAGGCCCCUAAAGAAGCUAACAUUCAGAGGGACCAUGAUCAACUGACUGCGCUUUGUCGACUCCAGCAGGAUCAACAGAAAAUCAUGUUGAACUUCUUUGGAUUGCGGAAGGACUCCAAGAAGUCACCAUCUGACAAGGAAGUGGAUGGAGGUUUUGUCGUAGUUGGGGAGACCGCUGGCGAACAAAAGCAGAGGAUUCCGACCGUAAACACUGCACAGCCCUCAACCAAUGUCAUAGUCCAACCAUCAAAGUCAUCCUGUGCAACUCCAUUUCAACCAGCUGAUGAAAAUCCCCCAGCAGCUUUACUUCAUAUACCUGGCGGCCAUCCAGCUGUGGAAGUCUCUUCGGCCCUCCCAGAUCUUCUGGGAGACAUCCCUUUCACAUUAGCCCCUCAUGUCCUGGCCAUGCAGGCUGGAUCCAACCUGCUCCCUGAUGUUCUGCUGUCCAGAGACAUAAACUACAAUCUGGCUAGCUUCCAGUAUGACUUCACUUUAGAGAACACUGUUCUCCACAGCAGUUAGUCUGUUUGGGUUUUUUCAUCAUCAGGAGCUUCCUGUUGGCUAAUAUUGACACUUCAAAAAAAACUAAUUAAAAAGUAAAAAUAAACUGAUUUAAAUCAGCAGCAGAGAACUGUAUAGCUUUACAUUUCUCUAGCUGGGUUCUUAUCUCUUUUUGGAUUUGAAACAGAAAAUAAGUGGUUCAGGUUUUACACAAUGUUACUGGAGAGAAGCUCAGUUACCCGUUACCUCAGAGAAAAACUAGGGCAGUUAUCAUUUGGUCCUGUUGUUAGGCACACCGCUGGCACUCUGUGUUGCUGCUGUAAUUUGUUUGAGAAGAAGUCCUAUUUAAUCCAUCUUUGGCUCCAGGUUGUGGAGUUUGUCAUGUUGUAUCAUAAAUGAUUUGAUCUCCACUUAUUUUUUGCAAUAUGAAAGUCUGCAUAGCAUAUUAGUCCUGUGGCAACAAACACACCACUCUCCCAAGGUUUCAGAUCAAGUAAAAAGUGAAUGUAUUCAAGAUUGAAGCUGUUGGUCAGAAAAUGUGUUUGUAUGUAGGAACAGCUUCAAAACUCACAUAAAUGGCAUUGGUGUGAAAGCUUACCAAACCUCUAAUAUCUUCAACAUCCGUCUGUUAGUGAAACAGAAAUGCUAAACAGACAACAUUGUGACAAAAACAGCUCAGGAUUGGCUGUUUGUCUUUGGAACAGUUUAGCUCCAGUUAGAUUUUCUUAACAGCGUGAUCCACUUUACUUAAGUUUCAAAGAGAUGUAAAAGGUCAUUUCUUUAGACUAGGCAGCCACUCACUGUUACCUAGGUAAGAGAGAAAAAAAAGCUUGAAAAAUGAAUGUAUAAAUAAUUAUGUUUAAUGAGAUCCAUGUCAAACAAAUCAGAGGAGAUUGGACAUACUGGAAACACUGGAAACCAAAAAAAAAAACAGCCUAUAUUUGCUGUGAAAUAUGUAGCAAAAAGUGGGUUCAUUUCCCACUGACUACCUUUUCCCCUUUUAAUUACGGUCUUUUCUCUCAUCCAGCAUUUUUUUCUUCCAUUAAAUUAUUGAGUCACUUGUGAGAUUUUUCUUUGUGCUUUUCUAUGGCCUACCUAUUUUCGAUAGAAGUUAGUCAAAUACAAACAUCCAGAUUUUGUUUAGGACACAUGUUUUGUCUCUGUAAAAGUUGUAAUGACAGAAUGCACACAGUACACAGCGGGAACCCACAGGGGGACUGUGUUGUAUUUCUACAUUUGAACAAUAUCAUGAUGAUAUAUUCCACUUGUACAGUUUAACAACAACAUAGCGUCUUUUUCUUUCACUUCAAUUGUCUUGUGCUUGAGCUAAUUUUAGUGAGAAGACUUUUCUCAUUCUAAGCUUUAGAUGUUAGCACCCAGUCAGUUUGUUCAUGUUGGUUGCUAGUUAAGUCUUUACACCUGUUGCAAAAGCUUUGCACUGAUUUUAACGUAUCAGCCAAUAUACAAACCUUGUGUUUCUUAGUUGGAUAAACUGUAUUAUAACAUAUAUAACGUUGCCUUUCCUUGGUUCUUUUUUUAGUGCUGCUUGUUCUCUGGUUAAUGUUCUAUGUUCAGCCAUCUUUACCAAGCCGUUUCUUUUCAAAUGAACAGAAUUCUCUAUCACCUGUGCCUUUAUCAUACAGACUACCGAAUAAAAUCGUUUUCUUCUAACAA